AUGGCUAUGCUGAAGCAAUUGAUAGUGAACGUGCCUUUAGUUGAAGCACUUGAGCAGAUGCUAGGAUAUGCUAAAUUUACUAAAGAUCUUGUUACGAAGAAAAAACCGGUAAGAUACAAAUCGGUGGAUAAUCUCCAUCAUUGUAGUGCUAUUUCUACAUGGUUACUGGUGCAGAAGAAGGUAGACCUGGGAGCAUUCACUAUCCCUUGUACGAUUGGGUCUCUGGAUUUUGCUAAGGCCUUAUGUGAUCUAGAACCUAGCAUCAUUCUUAUGCCACUUGAUGUUUAUAGGAAGUUGGAUUUGGGAGACCCCAGACCCACAAACAUGCGACUUGUAAUGGCGGAUAGAUCAGUGAAAAGGCCGGUUGGGAUUCUACAUGAUGCUGUUCUUAGCAACUGGGAGAGUAUUGGUUGA